AUGGCAGCUGCUUUCCCCUGGCUACAACCCCCCCGUCAGCUGGUUCCCCCUGGCUUCAACCCCCCCGUCAGCUGGUUCCCCCUGGGUUCAACCCCCCCGUCAGCUGGUUCCCCCUGGCUUCAACCCCCCCGUCAGCUGGUUCCCCCUGGGUUCAACCCCCCGUCAGCUGGUUCCCCCUGGCUUCAACCCCCCCCCCCGUCAGCUGGUUUCCCCUGGGUUCAACCCCCCCCCGUCAGCUGGUUCCCCCUGGCUUCAACCCCCCAGUCAGCUGGUUCCCCCUGGCUUCAACCCCCCCGUCAGCUGGUUCCCCCUGGGUUCAACCCCCCCGUCAGCUGGUUCCCCCUGGCUUCAACCCCCCCCCCGUCAGCUGGUUCCCACCCCCCCCCCCCCCGUCAGCUGGUUCCCCCUGGCUUCAACCCCCCCGUCAGCUGGUUCCCCCUGGGUUCAACCCCCCGUCAGCUGGUUCCCCCUGGCUUCAACCCCCCCCCCCCCCGUCAGCUGGUUUCCCCUGGGUUCAACCCCCCCCCCGUCAGCUGGUUCCCCCUGGGUUCAACCCCCCCGUCAGCUGGUUCCCCCUGGCUUCAACCCCCCCCCCGUCAGCUGGUUUCCCCUGAGUUCAACCCCCCCCCCGUCAGCUGGUUCCCCCUGGCUUCAACCCCCCCGUCAGCUAGUUCCCCCUGGCUUCAACCCCCCCGUCAGCUGGUUGCCCCUGGGUUCAACCCCCCCGUCAGCUGGUUCCCCCUGGCUUCAACCCCCCCCCGUCAGCUGGUUCCCACCCCCCCCCCCGUCAGCUGGUUCCCCCUGGCUUCAACCCCCCCGUCAGCUGGUUCCCCCUGGCUUCAACCCCCCCGUCAGCUGGUUCCCCCCUGGGUUCAACCCCCCCGUCAGCUGGUUCCCCCUGGGUUCAACCCCCCCGUCAGCUGGUUCCCCCUGGGUUCAACCCCCCCCUGGUUCCCCCUGGGUUCAACCCCUCCCCCCCCCGUCAGCUGGUUCCCCCUGGCUUCAACCCCCCCGUCAGCUGGUUCCCCCUGGGUUCAACCCCCCCGUCAGCUGGUUCCCCCUGGCAUCAACCCCCCGUCACCUGGUUCCCCCUGGGUUCAACCCCCCCGUCAGCUGGUUUCCCCUGGCUUCAACCCCCCCGUCAGCUGGUUCCCCCCUGGGUUCAACCCCCCCGUCAGCUGGUUUCCCCUGGGUUCAACCCCCCCCCCCCGUCAGCUGGUUCCCCCUGGCUUCAACCCCCCCCGUCAGCUGGUUCCCCCUGGCUUCAACCCCCCCCUGGUUCCCCCUGGCUUCAACCCCCCCGUCAACUGGUUCCCCCUGGCUUCAACCCCCCCGUCAGCUGGUUGCCCCUGGGUUCAACCCCCCCGUCAGCUGGUUCCCCCUGGGUUCAACCCCCCCGUCAGCUGGUUCCCCCUGGAUUCAACCCCCCCGUCAGCUGGUUCCCCCUGGGUUCAACCCCCCCGUCAGCUGGUUUCCCCUGGCUUCAACCCCCCCGUCAGCUGGUUCCCCCCUGGGUUCAACCCCCCCGUCAGCUGGUUUCCCCUGGGUUCAACCCCCCCCCCGUCAGCUGGUUCCCCCUGGGUUCAACCCCCCCGUCAGCUGGUUCCCCCUGGCUUCAACCCCCCCGUCAGCUGGUUCCCCCUGGGUUCAACCCCCCCGUCAGCUGGUUUCCCCUGGCUUCAACCCCCCCGUCAGCUGGUUCCCCCCUGGGUUCAACCCCCCCGUCAGCUGGUUUCCCCUGGGUUCAACCCCCCCCCCGUCAGCUGGUUCCCCCUGGCUUCAACCCCCCCGUCAGCUGUUUCCCCCUGGCUUCAACCCCCCCGUCAGCUGGUUCCCCCUGGCUUCAACCCCCCCGUCAGCUGGUUCCCCCUGGCUUCAACCCCCCCCUGGUUCCCCCCUGGGUUCAACCCCCCCGUCAGCUGGUUCCCCCUGGGGUCAACCCCCCCGUCAGCUGGUUCCCCCUGGGUUCAACCCCCCCGUCAGCUGGUUCCCCCUGGGUUCAACCCCCCCCGUCAGCUGGUUCCCCCUGGGUUCAACCCCUCCCCCCCCCUGGUUCCCCCUGGCUUCGAAACCCCCCGUCAGCUGGUUCCCCCUGGCUUCAACCCCCCCCUGGUUCCCCCUGGCUUCAACCCCCCCGUCAGCUGGUUCCCCCUGGGUUCAACCCCCCCGUCAGCUGGUUCCCCCUGGCUUCAACCCCCCCCCCCGUCAGCUGGUUCCCACCCCCCCCCGUCAGCUGGUUCCCCCUGGCUUCAACCCCCCCGUCAACUGGUUCCCCCUGGCUUCAACCCCCCCGUCAGCUGGUUCCCCCCUGGGUUCAACCCCCCCGUCAGCUGGUUCCCCUUGGGUUCAACCCCCCCGUCAGCUGGUUCCCCCUGGGUUCAACCCCCCCGUCAGCUGGUUCCCCCUGGCUUCAACCCCCCCCGUCAGCUGGUUCCCCCUGGGUUCAACCCCUCCCCCCCCGUCAGCUGGUUCCCCCUGGGUUGA